GGACGGGCUUGCAUGACAGAGACCUGCACUGGGUUCAGAGCCAUGACAAGAGCUGGGGCUAAGGAAGGAGUGUCCAAUGAGGCCAUAACAGCUCCUGAAGAGAUAAAAAAAGAUGAAAUGGAAGAGAGGGGCCAGUGGAAUAGCAAAAUGGAAUUUGUCCUGUCUGUGGCUGGGGAGAUCAUUGGUCUGGGUAAUGUGUGGAGGUUCCCAUACCUCUGCUACAAGAACGGCGGUGGAGCCUUCCUCAUCCCUUACCUCAUCUUCCUCUUCACCUGCGGGAUCCCCCUGUUCUUCCUGGAGACGGCGCUGGGGCAGUACACCAGCCAGGGAGGGGUCACUGCCUGGAGGAAGAUCUGUCCCAUCUUUGAAGGAAUUGGGUAUGCCUCACAAAUCAUUGAGGGGUACCUGAAUAUUUACUACAUCAUCAUCCUGUCCUGGGCACUCUUCUACCUGUUCAGCUCCUUCACCACAGUGCUACCAUGGGCCAGCUGCAAUAACCCCUGGAACUCAGAUCUCUGUGUGGACAUUCUGAAUAGCUCCAGCCUGGACAACAGGACCUUGCCUGCGAAUGCCACCUCCCCAAUGAUUGAAUUUUGGGAGAAGCGCGUGCUGGGGCUCACGGAUGGUAUUGACAAACUGGGCACUGUGCGCUGGGAGCUGGCUCUGUGUCUCCUGCUGGCGUGGAUCAUCUGCUACUUCUGCAUCUGGAAAGGGGUCAAGUCCACAGGCAAAGUUGUUUACUUCACUGCCACCUUCCCCUACGUGAUGCUUAUCAUCCUGCUGGUGCGAGGAGUCACGCUGCCAGGUGCUGCUGAGGGGAUCAUCUUCUACCUGAAGCCAGAUAUUUCCAGGCUGGCAGACCCACAGGUCUGGAUGGAUGCAGGCACUCAGAUCCUCUUCUCCUACGCCAUCUGUCAGGGGUGCCUGACUGCUCUGGGCAGCUACAACAAAUACGCCAACAACUGUUACAGGGACUGCAUCAUGCUCUGCUUCCUGAACAGUGCCACCAGCUUCGUUGCUGGUUUUGCCAUUUUUUCUGUGCUGGGCUUCAUGGCUCGAGAGCAGGGUGUACCCAUUGCAGAAGUGGCUGAAUCAGGUCCUGGCCUGGCUUUCAUAGCAUAUCCAACAGCAGUAACAAUGAUGCCUGUGUCUCAGCUCUGGUCCUGCCUCUUCUUCCUCAUGUUGAUCUUCUUGGGACUGGACAGCCAGUUUGUGUGUGUGGAAAGCAUGGUGACUGCUCUAGUGGACAUGUUCCCAGGAGUGUUUCGGAGGAAGGGGCGUCGUGAGCUGCUGAUCCUGGCCAUUGCAGUCAUAUGCUACCUGCUGGGCUUACUGCUGGUCACAGAGGGUGGGAUGUACAUCUUCCAGCUCUUUGAUUACUAUGCUGCCAGUGGCACAUGCUUACUCUUUCUGGCCAUUUUUGAAGUCAUCUGUGUAGGGUGGGUAUAUGGUGCCAACCGAUUCUAUGACAACAUUGAGGACAUGAUUGGUUUCCGGCCGUGGCCCUUGAUCAAGAUAUGCUGGCUGGUGUUCACCCCAGGUCUGUGCUUGGCCGUCUUCCUGUUUUCCCUGAUCAAGUACACACCCUUGAAAUACAACAAUUCCUAUGUGUACCCUGCCUGGGGCUACGUGCUGGGCUGGCUGAUGGCACUCUCCUCCAUGGUCUGCAUUCCUCUCUACGCCAUCUUCAUCUUCCUGAAAACCAAAGGACCCCUGAAGCAGCGGCUGGCGCAGCUGGUGUCCCCGGCGGAGGAUCUGCCGCAGCCCAGGAAGCACCGUGUGGGUCUGUCCCAGCUGGAGCGCAAGGGAUGGUCCCCUCCGGUCCAGGAGGUGCUCAGCAUCACAGAGAGAGAAACUCACUUCUGA